GAUUUUUUCAGGUAAUUACAAAUGGAAUAUGUUAGAGAAGUUGGAGAACUCCAGGGUAACCAGGGUAUAGAAGAGGAGGAGUAUGUGAUGUCCGUAGAGCCGAUUACAAUGAUUGUACUGCCGAAACUGCAAGACUUGCCAGAAACCUUUACACCCGAGAGCAGUGCCAGUUCAAGCGCACAAGAGGGUGGCGACCACCACACUUCACCGUCCAGCAGCUCGUCCUCUAAAGAGACACCCAGUCGCAAGGAAGAGACGAGGAAUGUGGUUGGCAAUGAACCAAAUCUGCCUGUGGUUGGAGAAUGGGAACAUAGGGUAAUCACGGGUAGAUUAAGUAACCUACGCAAGACGCCCAAGGACCUGCUCGUUGGAUUUAGAUUCAGGGCGGCGCUUCAUCAUGAAGUAGCAGACAGUGCGCUCUCAAUAAGUGGGUAUAAGAAACUGGAGGAAAGGGUGAGGUCGUACCAGAUCCCCGGGACGAUAUUGCUCCGAGCUGGUGCACAGAAUGAGAAGGCGUGCACGGUGUCACAGACGGGCUGGAUACUAGUCAUAAGAUUCAUCAUAGGUUUUAUGCUGUUGUGUGCGAGGUUGGAGGUACCAGCCAAGGCAAUAGUAUUCAGAUCGCUGUUCCAAUGCCGGUUGUGUCCUAACUCCAGAGGUGCAAAGUGGUACUACCUCUCUGGAAGGGAGAAGAGCCAGCUCUUUAAGAAUGUGAGGAACAACGUGGCGAGGUGGAAGAGGCAGUUCAUUUUCGCACGUGACAUGCGCACAAAAAGAAUAAGCAAUGACCUCGUUGCUCGGCUAUCUGAAUGGCGCGUGCCGAAUGCACAUGUUAAUUACCCCCAGCUGUUGCCUCGAGAUACAGAUCUGAAAAAUCAGCUACUUGAGUAUGCGACGAGGGAUAACCUAAUAGAUUUAGAAGCCCUGGUUACCUCGGAGCAGCUUGCCGUGUUCGGGUUUGUCGACGUGGCAAACCAGUUCACAGAAGGAGAAAUGAGCAGCAUACUGGAACACCAGUGUCAACGAGCCCAAGGCUCCCGAGGUCGCGUAGCGGUGUCGGCGCCCAGGAUCGCAUAUCCGGAGGGCUUUAGUUACGUGAAAACGGACUACCAGCCCACCAUGGUGCAAGGCAUGCAAAGUUUUGUGCCUCCCAUGGAUCGUCAGCGGGCAAGGACCUUUGUACAGCAGCAUGGCGGGCAAGUCACCAUGGUCAAACUGAUGGACGCGUUUAGCUACGCAGUCGCGUUGUUCGAGAGCGAACAAGGAGCUCGGACUCAGAACAGCGAGCUCAACGCCAACUAUGGCCACGCGACUAGUCGAGCAGAGGAGCUCACGAGCAGGAAUAACGAGCUCAGGGAGGAGCUGGAGCGAGCUCGCACUGAAAAAGAAAGCAAGAUCCAGGUAGCGAAGGAUGAGGCCGCCCAGGUUGAGGAAUUGGCCAAGAAAGCUGAGGCCAAAAGGGAUCAUGCUCUGAACGAUUUGAGCUCCCUAAGGCACCAGGUCGUCAAGGCCGACAAGAACCUCAAUGCAGCUGAAGAGGUCCUGAACGAAUUGAAGACAUCUCACGGCACUUUAGAUCUAGAACGAGAUCCAUGGGAAGGUGUUGCAACAUCGCCUGGACUUCCCAAUACGCAAGCUGGCGUUCUUCGACGGGGAGGACCUCAACGAGCAAGCCUGGCCCUUAAUAGUUGUGCGUGGCUGGAAUUUGAGGUCAUACUCAUUCAGCUCAACACUCCACCCGAUAAGCCGACCAAAGAGUUCUAGCUUUUGCAAUAUCUUCCUCAGCAGCAGAUCGAUGUAGACAAUAAUUUGAUGAGAUUGGAAGUAAGCUCUCAACUUACGAGCGGUGUACACCAGGACAAAAGCAGCCUUUUCUGCUAGUGGGUAGUUCUGCUCUGUGCCUUAUAAAACUUUGCUCACAUA